AUCAGGAGUCCUGCUUUUUCAGUCUUCAAAUGGGAGCUGCUUGAAUAAAGAACAGAGAUUGCUUUUAUUUCUUAGAUUUUUUUCCCUGCUUUUAUAUUAAAUCCGAGAGAAUACUUUCGCUUUCUGUUUUCUUUUUUAAUAUAUCCUAUAUAUUCCCAAAGUGGCUUCUGGAUAUUUAUCAGGAGGAAGAGUGACCCAUCGCCACUGAAUGCAGCAUGGGCUCUGAUGAUUCUUACAACUUUGUCUUUAAAGUGGUUCUGAUAGGGGAGUCCGGUGUGGGAAAAAGCAACCUUCUGUCCCGCUUCACCAAGAAUGAGUUCCUUCACGACAGCCGCACCACCAUCGGUGUGGAGUUCAGCACACGGACUGUUCAGCUGGAAAACUUCACCAUCAAAGCCCAAAUCUGGGACACAGCUGGGCUGGAGCGCUACAGGGCCAUCACCUCAGCAUAUUACAGAGGAGCGGUUGGAGCGUUGUUGGUGUAUGACAUCAGCAAACACCUGACCUAUGAGAGUGCAGAACGAUGGCUGAAGGAGCUGUAUGAUCACGCAGACCCUCACAUUGUGGUCAUGCUAGUGGGAAACAAGAAAGACCUGGAGAACCUCAGGACCGUCCCCACAGAGGAGGCCAAAGACUUUGCAGACAAGAAAGGCCUCAUGUUCAUGGAGACAUCAGCGUUGGACUCUACAAAUGUAGAAGCUGCUUUCAACGAAGUCCUCACAGCGAUUCACAAGAAGGUGGCGAGCAGAGAGGUGACCCGUGGCUCCAUCAGUGCCGUGACCCUGUCCAGUCAACUGGGUGCUGCAAGAGAUGCUCAGGAGGAGCGGAAAGGCUGCUGCAAGAGCUCCUAAAGGACUGACUCCCACUCUUAGACAGAUUUGUGUUGAGCCAACACCAUGCUUGACUGAAGUUAAAGCUCAGCCUCUCUGUCAGUCUGAUAGUGAGGCACUGCAGCCUGUCAUAGACCUUUUUUUCAAUACGGAAACUGUACAGUUUUUAGGUCAUUGAUUUAAUGCUCAGAUAUUAAGUGAAUCCAUAUUUUAUAGUCAUAUUUCAUAUGUAGUAUUUCCUCUGCGGGUUAUUGGGAAAUUUUACUUUAUUUGGUUCUAUUUUUCUCUCUCUGUGUGUUUUCAAAUCUGCUUUGCAAAGUUGUGUUGUUUUUUCUAAAAGGGAGAAUUUUGACUUGGAAUAAAUU